UUCUUUAAAGAAGUCCUCACCCUAUGACACUCCCUUACUCCCAAAUUAAAAUGUACAAGUGGGAACCCCAUCCCUUGUCCACUGCCUUACUUAAUUGAUCCACUGCUUCACCCUAUCUCUCACUUGAUUGGUGCAGUGCUUCUCUCUCUCUCUCUCUCUUAAUUGGUGCAAUUAGAACCCUUCCCCUCUCUCUCCCUUAAUUUGCGAAGUGCACCACCACUCUCUCUCUUACAUAAAUCUUCCCCAGUCAUGGUGAUCUGAACAUAUCUCUCUCAAGGAAGGGGCCUAUAAAUAUUUCUGAACAAUCAAAGGACUCUCUGAUUCAGAGCAAUCUAAGGACACUCUACAAUGGCCUCAACAGAUCCAAGUACCCAACAUUCUUGUAUCCCAACAAGAUGGUGGUCCAGGGAUACAUUAGCAGUGGUGACGGGGGCGAAUAAGGGUAUCGGAUUCGAGAUCGUGAAGCAACUGUGCGAGCUCGGAUUGACGGUGAUCCUGACAGCGAGAGAUGAAUCGAAGGGCCUUGAAGCUUUGGAAUUGCUCAAAGCAAAGGGGCUCUAUGCUGUCUUCCAUUGCCUGGAUGUGUCUAGCUCCCAUUCUAUUCUCGAUUUUGUGUACUGGCUUCGAACAUGUUUCGGUGGGCUCGAUAUUCUUGUGAAUAACGCUGCUGUCUCAUUCAAUGCACUCCAUGAAAACUCAGUAGAGCAUGCAGAGACAGUAUUGAGGACAAACUUCUAUGGGCCGAAGCUCUUGACAGACGCUCUCUUGCCUUUGUUUCGCCAAUCUCCCUCAAAGAGCCGGAUCCUAAACGUCAGCUCAAGACUUGGCUCGCUAAAUAAAUUGCAAGAUCCAGUUCUCAAGCAAGUGCUCCAAGAUGAGGAGAAGCUCUCAGAGGAAACCAUAGAUGACUUUGUGAAGAAGUUCUUGGAUCAAGUGAAGCUCGGAACUUGGAGAGAUGCGGGUUGGCCCAAGAUAUGGACAGACUACUCCGUGUCUAAGCUCGCUUUGAAUUCCUACUCUGUUGUUCUCGCCUCCCGAAUAAAGGAUCGGGGUGUUACCGUUAAUUGCUUUUGCCCGGGAUUUACAAAGACUACCAUGACACAAGGUGAAGGGAAAUACACAGCUGAAGAAGUGGCCAGACUUGCAGUGCGGAUUGCCCUAAUACCAGGCCCUGAGCUCCCCACAGGCAAAUUCUUCGUAGGAAGAAAGCCUGCCUUUUUUUCAAAGCUAUAGAACAAGUGAGAAUCAAUCCAUGGCUUAUUCGCACAUAUUUGAGGCCAAAACGAUUGAAAAUGGCUGUCAUAGAUCUCAUUUUGUAUUUGUAACACAGACGUCAUUGCUAUAUAUACGCUGCAGAGCCUUUGGUUUUGAUAUAA